GUUUGCGCAUGCGCAUCUCUCUCAGCUUGUUCGGCUGAACCGGAAAUAAUUAGUUGGCAUUAGCAACGUUUCGGCCGAGCCAGGCCUGAAUACAAAGAUAGCUGAAGAAAGAGAAACACACAGACAGAAAACACUGAAGACCGGGCACACAUUGCUGUUGAGCCUCAUACUGAGACUGUGAGGCGAGAGACUGAACAGAAUGACGAGCUCCUCUACCCCUAGAAUGCACACGUACAAGAGGACUUCCAGCCCUCGAUCACCAACGAAUACAGGAGAGCUUUUCACACCCGCACAUGAAGAAAAUGUGCGCUUCAUCCACGACACUUGGCUUUGUGUUUUGAGAGACGUUAAAUCUCCACAAAGCAGUGAGCGUAAUGAUCGUGGACCGCAGGAGUAUGUGGAGAAAAACCCAAAUCCCAACCUACAUUCUUUUAUACCAGUGGACCUGAGUGACCUUAAGAAGCGGAGCACACAAGACUCCAAGAAGUCUUAGACCCUUCCCUCUCUCUCUGAUCCAGCAGGGGGUUUGUUUUUGUCCUUCCUUUUACAUUUGGGACCUUUUUACUCUCUCAGUCUUCUGUUUGCCAACAAAGAGCGACCAGCUGGGAUGUUUGGCCACAUUAGUCCAGAAAGCUUCUCUCGUCUCUGCCUCGUGGACCUGUGGUCUGGACUUACAGGCUGAUGUCUAUUUAUGCGUUUCAUUUUCAAGAGCCGGUCGAGUGGCCAUUCCCUGUUUUUCAUGUUCAUCCGGGCUCUCUGAUCUUUUUUUUUUUUGCAGAUGGGAAAAUAACAAAGACCUGUUACAGGAUUUGUUUUUUUACUUCUUGGUUUUGAGUUUAGAAUCUUCUUCAUGUGCUUUUUUUUUUUUUUGGUGUGGAGAUGGGAAAGGCAAAGCACAGUGAUGCUUAAACUGUUGGACAGACGCUACACAGACUUUCUCAAAAUGGGCCGCAGUCCUGGAAUUGACUCCUUUUUGGAAACCGCCGGCGAGCGACUGACUGUUCAGUUAGUUUCAUUGAUUGAUUGAUUGAUUGGUUGGUAGAAGAAUUUAGUGAGUUUUGUCUGGUAGGACGGGUAAGUUUGGCUCGGCAAAUAUUUUUUAGUGAACGUACCUCCAUUUUUAACCAUGAAAUGAUACCUUCAAGAACUUUAAGUAGACUUUUUUCCAAAUCUUUCGUUCCCAGCCUUUAAAAUAAAAUUAAAAUAAAGAUUACUUUUAUGUUA